GGGCAGAGCUUUAUAAAACCAGGCAUCACCAUGUCUGACUCUAAGGACACUCUCGGAAGACUCUUUCCUGUCUGACAGCACCUCGGAGAAUAACAAGGUUGAAACAAUGGAAAACCUUUAUGUGGCAAACACAAUUUUUGCCCUCAAUUUCUUCAAAUAUCUGGCAAAUACAAACAGCACCCAGAAUCUCUUCUUCUCUCCAUGGAGCAUCUCAUCCACCAUGGCCAUGGUCUACCUGGGUGCCAGGGGCAACACUGCAGACCAGAUGGCCAAGGUGCUUCAGUUUAACAAAGUUAUAGUCUGUGAUGUCCCCCCAGUGACCCCAGAGGAGUUCACCAGUGGUGAAAUCAUGCAGCAGAUCCAGCAGGUCACUUAUCCUGAUGCUAUUUUACAGGCACAAGUUGGAGAUAAAAUCCAUUCAUCCUUCCGUUCUCUCAUCUCUGCAAUCAACACAUCCACAGGGGAGUGUUUAUUGGAAAGCGCCAGUAAGCUGUUUGGCGAGAAGUCUGCCAAAUUCCGGGAAGAAUACAUACAACUCUGUAAGAAAUAUUACUCUACAGAACCCCAGGCAGUCGACUUCCUAGAACAUGCAGAAGAAGCCAGAAAAAAGAUUAAUUCUUGGGUUGAGACCCAAACCAAAGGCAAAAUCUCAAAGUUACUACCACAAGGUUCUGUAGAUGGGGACACCAGGAUGGUCUUGGUGAAUGCUGUCUACUUCAAAGGAAAGUGGAAAACUCCAUUUCAGAAGAAAUUAAAUGAGCUUUAUCCUUUCCGUGUGAACUCGAUUCGGCGUAAACCUGUACAGAUGAUGUACUUGCGUGAAAAGCUGAACAUUGGAUACAUAGGAGACCUAAAGACUCAGAUUUUAGAACUUCCAUAUGCUGGAGAUAUCAGCAUGUUCCUGUUGCUUCCAGAUGAAAUUACUGACGUGUCCACUGGCUUGGAGUUGCUGGAAAGUGAAAUAACCUAUGACAAACUCAACAAGUGGACCAGCAAAGACACAAUGGCUGAAGAUGACGUGGAGGUGUUUGUCCCACAGUUCAAAUUAGAAGAGCAUUAUGAACUCAAAUCCAUUCUGAGAAGAAUGGGCAUGGAUGAUGCCUUCAACGAGGGCCAGGCUAAUUUCUCAGGCAUGUCAGAAAGAAACGACCUGUUUCUGUCUGAAGUGUUCCAUCAAGCCACUGUGGAUGUUAACGAGGAGGGCACUGAAGCAGCUGCUGGCACUGGGGCCAUUAUGUCAGGGAGAACUGGCCAUGGAGGCCCACAGUUUGUGGCAGAUCAUCCUUUCCUCUUCUUUAUCAUGCACAAAAUAACCAAGAACAUCCUCUUUUUUGGCAGAUUUGCCUCACCCUAAAAUUGAAAGGUUCUGUUUCUGCACAGGAUUUUGUAAUAUGAGCUAUAAGCCUCAGAUUUGCUCUAGUGCCCAAAAUUUAGAGAUUUUUUCUAUAUAUUUCUGUUUUUCUGAACCUCUAUUACCCCCUAAGUAUAAAUACAGAAAUAACUAGACAACUGUCAAUCACAGCGUUAGCAACCCUAUUAAUCCUUUGAUCUAAAAUGGGAUUAUGUCCCAUUUAGUUCUUCCUUACUCUUAGUUUAUUUCAUAGCAUUAUCUUUUGCUGUAUUAUUUAUUAUUUUGUAAAAUGGUUUUUUAAUUGUUGUUCACUAUUUAAUGAGGCUGAUACCAUUACAAAGCAGGUGAUCAGUUAUUUUUGUUUCUAAGGAAAUGCAUUUAUUUGUUCUUAUCAUGAAGGAUCAGUAGGUGUCCUCUGUGCCCGUUUAUAAUAAAAAUCUAGAAGAAAGUAUUGAACAACAAGGAAAUAUAUAUUUGCAUUUCUAGCAUUAUGUAUCACAUAGAUGUGUCAGUAACUUAUGUAAAAUCACAAAUAUACAAUAAAUAAACAUGUUUCACACAACCAUUUA